AUGCUGCAGCAGACGUCGCCAACAGCGAUGCCCCAGGACAACCCGUUUCCCUCAUUCCCCACCAAAGAUGCCAAGCAGGCACCGCCGAAAGAGACCCUGGACCAGGCCAUGUCGCAGAUGGACAUCAACGGCAGAAUGUCGGGCGAGCGGCAAAGAAGGCCUUCGGCUCGCGGCAUGCACCCAGAUAGCAGAGGACCUGGAAGGUCAGUACCGAAUGGCAGAGCAGACUCAGGGCAAUUCGAGGGCAACGCGCAAGGACAGCGCCGCCCACCACCGAACCGCAUGCCUCCAGGGCAAAGACCGCCUCCCAUGGAGCUGGAUAGCAACAGGGGACCGCCUCCUCCACGCCAACAAGGCCCGAGAUCGCCCUCGCAGCAGACGUUUGGCCAGGGCAUGCAGCGUGCGGUCACAAUGCCGCAGAACAUCGACACAUACCAGCAGCAAUGGGCAGAUCCUGGCGCCCUGGAUAGCUACCACGGCCCCGAAUCACCUGCGUACAUUCCUCCUAGGCCGUCAACUGCAGGAAGCAACAGACAGAACGGACCACCGAGACAGCCGCAGCAUCCCCCUCUGCCGCGAAUGCAGACUCAGCAGCAGCAAUAUGCUGCGCCGAGCCAGCAGCUACCGUCUCCAGAUGGCCACACGUCGACAUUGGACACCUUCUACGAUGACUACUAUCAAACCGGCGGCGACCGUAAGAGUAUAGCUUCGACGAUAGACAUGCCCAACUUUGAUGCAAUGCCAGAGCCCAGCCGUGGACACAGGCGAGGCGACUCAAUAGACAACCACCUCUCACCAACCAGCUUUGACGGACCGAGACAGCACCAGCAAAUCGGACCAAUGGAGGAUGCUCCUCCACCGAGCAACUUCCAGCAGCAUUCAUUACGAAGCAGAUCGCAGCCUGAUCUGAAUGCUCAAUACAACGGCAACUACGAGAUGGCUGCAGACGCCCCUCCCAUGCCGGCACCUGCAAGGGCUAACACUGGCUUUGCGGGCCCCAAUGGUCUACCACCUGGGCCGCGAGGACGAGGGCUGCCUCCACGUGGCAUGACCGCGGAUGGUAUGCAAAGAGGACCGCCCAAUCAGGGGUUCGACACACGCUUUGGAAUGGGUCCACCACCUGUUCAAAGAGGGUAUUCGGGUGACACCGUCUAUUCUGAGCCAGGGCUGAAUACCAUGAGGAAUAUCUCUUCGCCGUUGCCCGGGCCUCCAAUGGUCAGACCUGGUACAGCAGCACCUGCACCUGGUCGUGCACCUAGCGAUCCACUUGGCCGACGUCCAGGCACGGCCCAGCCACAGAUGAACCCGGAUGCAUUGCCUGCACACCCAGUCCCAGUCCGAGCUGGCCUUGUGCAGCAGCAGCAGCAGCAACGGCAGCCAACAAACACUCAGAGACCGCCCCCUGUUAGACAGUACAAUGGCGAGCAGUCCCGCAACAGUUUGGAGAGCCAGCACUCUAUCACGCAACAGUCUGCAGGCGAACGACGCAGCUCUGUGUUACAUCCUGUCACAUAUGACGAACUCAAUCGCUUGAGGAAGAUAUGGAAGGAUUACCCCAACGACGAUGCUACUGGGCUACGUCUGGCAAAGAAGCUAGUAGAGGCUGCAAGCGUACUGGCUGACGAGAACGGGACAGCAGAUAAGCGAGCUCGCGACAAGAACAAGGAGAAGUUUAUCCUUGAGGCUCACAAGAUUGUAAAGAAGUUAGCUCAACACCAAUAUGGCGAAGCAAUGUUCUACCUGGCGGACUGCUAUGGGCAAGGGCAGCUUGGGUUACAGGCUGACACUAAAGAAGCCUUCACGCUUUACCAAGGGGCUGCCAAAGCUGGCCACGCUGCAAGUGCGUAUCGGACAGCUGUCUGCUGCGAGAUGGGCCACGAGGAAGGCGGUGGUACGAAGCGUGAUCCACUGAAGGCAGUGCAAUGGUACCGCCGCGCCGCAGCCCUCGGCGACACCCCAGCGCUCUACAAGAUGGGCAUGAUCCUCCUCAAAGGCCUGCUAGGCCAGCAAAAGAACCAAGGCGAGGCCAUCAACAUGCUCCAACGAGCCGCCAAUCAAGCCGACCCUGACAAUCCCCACGCCCUCCACGAGCUCGCCCUCAUCUACGAACAACCCGCCAAAGGGAAUGAACGCGUCAUACCCGAUGAGGCCUACGCUCUGCAAUUAUUCAUGCAGGCCGCCGAUCUGGGCUACAAGUUCUCGCAAUUUCGCCUCGGCCAGGCGUACGAGUACGGAUUGCUAGGCUGCCCCAUCGAGCCCCGGAAGAGCAUCGGCUGGUACACGAAAGCUGCGUCACAAGAAGAGCAUCAGAGUGAACUUGCCCUCUCGGGAUGGUACCUCACGGGGAUUGAGGGCGUGCUGCAGCAGAGCGAUACCGAGGCUUAUCUGUGGGCGAGGAAGGCGGCGUGUGCCGAGCCUCCGCUGCCCAAGGCGCUGUUUGCGAUGGGGUAUUUUACGGAGGUGGGCAUAGGGUGCCCGAAGAGUCUGGAAGAGGCGAAGAGGUGGUAUGGACGAGCGGCCGCAUACAAAUUCCCCAAAGCGCAGGAACGUCUUGAGGAGCUGAAGCGCGGCGGCUCAAAGGCCCAGAUGAAGCGCGAGCGUCUUAGUAGGAGCAACCAGAAGCAGCAGGAGGAGAAUUGCAGCGUCAUGUAG